UCUCUCUCUUCUCCCUUGGAAUACCUCUCUUCCUACCCUCAUCCCUCAUCCCUCUUCCUCUCCCAGGUCCCGGGCUCCUCGGGGAUGCCCAGUUCCCAGACAUUGAAGAAGAUCGGACACAGGGGGGUGGACCCUACGGGGGAGACCACAUACAAAAAGACCACCUCCUCUGCCCUGAAGGGGGCGAUCCAGCUGGGCAUCACGCACACGGUGGGCAGCCUGAGCCAGAAGGCCGAGAGGGACGUGCUGAUGCAGGACUUCGUGGUGGUGGAGAGCAUCUUCUUCCCCGGCGAGGGCAGUAACCUCACCCCAGCCCAUCACUACAGUGACUUCCGCUUCAAGACCUACGCCCCCAUCGCCUUCCGCUAUUUCCGGGAGCUGUUCGGCAUCCGGCCUGACGACUACCUGUACUCCCUGUGCAACGAGCCCCUGAUCGAGCUCUCGAACUCGGGAGCGAGCGGUUCUCUGUUCUACGUCUCCAGCGAUGACGAGUUCAUCAUCAAGACUGUCCAGCACAAGGAGGCCGAGUUCUUGCAGAAGCUCCUGCCUGGAUACUUCAUGAACCUGAACCAGAACAAGCGGACCCUGCUGCCCAAGUUCUACGGGCUGUACUGUGUCCAGGCUGGAGGGAAGAACAUCCGGAUCGUGGUGAUGAACAACCUCCUCCCCUGCGCCGUGCGCAUGCACCUCAAGUACGACCUGAAGGGCUCCACCUACAAGCGCCGCGCCUCCGCCAAGGAGCGGGAGAAGAGGCUGCCCACCUUCAAGGACCUGGACUUCAUCCAGGACAUCCCGGACGGGCUCUUUCUGGAGCCCGACAUGUACAGCGCCCUGAGCAAGACCAUCCAGAGGGACUGCCUGUUGCUGCAGAGCUUCAAGAUCAUGGAUUACAGUCUGCUGGCGGGAGUGCACAACCUGGAGCAGGCCCAGCGGGAGCGAAACCUGGAGUGGAGCGCGGAGGGGGCCGUGACCCCCGAUCAGCGCCGGCCUGGCGGGCAGAAGGCCUUGUACUCCACCGCCAUGGAGUCCAUCCAGGGGGAGGCCCGCGGUAAGGGCACGGUGGAGACGGACGACCAGAUGGGAGGGAUCCCAGCGCGGAACGCCAAGGGAGAGAGGCUGCUGAUCUACAUCGGCAUCAUCGACAUCCUGCAGUCCUACAGGUUCGUCAAGAAGCUGGAGCACUCCUGGAAGGCGCUGGUCCACGACGGGGACACGGUGUCGGUUCACAGGCCGGGCUUCUACGCAGAGAGGUUCCAGAAGUUCAUGUGCAACACAGUCUUCAAGAAGAUCCCAUUGAAGCCCUCACCCUCCAAGAAGAGCCGCGGGGGGGGCCAGGGGGGCAUGCGACGGACGAUCACGGGGGGCACGGCCCCCCACCAGCACCAGAACCCCCACCUAGAGCCCCGGCUGGUCUAUCAAUCGCACCUCCACCACAGCAGCGUCGAGGCCGACGGCGAGAGCGGCAUGCAGUCGGGCCGCCCUGACCUCCUCCCGAGGACCCCUCCCCUGGAUGAGGCCAUCAGCGACUCCGUGGAAACGACCCUGUCGACCUCGUCGCUGGGCAGCGCCGGGCAGCACUCUCCCCUUCGCAGGUCGGUAGGUGUGGAGGUGCACAAGCCUGCCAGCACAGAGCAGGACAGUGGCUCACCCAACACUCAGGCCAGGUAACACUGGGGAGGGACACUGAGAGGGACAGACUGCC